UCGAUCUUCUCUCUUCGUAAGCGCGUCUGAAAACCCUAGAUUUUCUGUUCCGUCGUCUUCGCCGAGAGUUUGUAUCACAGACUGGUCGAUCGCUCGAUCUGUCUGCAGUAGGUCGCAAGAUGCAAGGAGGGCAAUUGUUGAUGGAGGAGUCGCUCCGGCUCGCCUCCGUUCUGACUCCUUCGAAGCAAUGCUUUUUCCCAUCAUUGACCAAAAUCGUUGGCACACUUGGUCCAAAGACACGCUCGAUUGAAGUCAUUGAAGAAUGCCUUAAAGCAGGAAUGUCAGUUGCACGUUUUGAUUUCUCAUGGUUAGACAGCAACUAUCAUCAAGAAACUCUUGACAAUCUAAAGGUGGCCGCAAAAAAUGUUAAGAAGCUGUAUUCGGUUAUGUUGGACACCUUGGGUCCAGAGAUACAGGUGCACAACAAGACCGGCAACCCAAUUGACUUGAAAGCUGAUGACCAUGUCAUCCUCACCCCAGAUCUCUCAAAAGAACCCUCUGCCAUGGUAUUACCUGUCAGUUAUGCUGGGCUUGCAGAGGUUGUAAAGAAGGGUGAUACUAUAUUCAUAGGACAGUAUCUUUUCACAGGAAGUGAAACAACCUCCGUGUGGCUUGAGGUCCUGGAGACAAAUGGUGCAGAUGUUGUCUGUCUUGUAAAGAACAGUGCUGCACUUGCAGGUUUUAUUUUCACAAUGCAGGUCUCUCAAGUUCACAUUAAUUUGCCCACCCUCUCUGAUUUUGAUAAGCAGGUUAUUUCAACGUGGGGGUUGCACAAUAAUGUUGAUAUCAUUUCUCUUUCAUAUACACGUCAUGCAGAGGAUGUGAGAGAGCUCAGAGAUUUCCUGCAAAACCAAAAUUUGUGUCAUCCCCUGAUAUAUGCAAAAGUCGAAAGUGUUGAGGGUUUAACUCACUUUGAUGAAAUCCUUGAAGAAGCAGAUGGUAUCAUCCUUUCACGUGGGAAUCUAGGAAUUGACCUUCCACCUGAGAAGGUUUUCUUGUUCCAGAAGUCUGCUGUUCACAAGUGCAAUAUUGCUGGAAAACCUGCAAUCAUUACUCGAGUUGUGGAUAGCAUGACUGGAAACCUGCGUCCAACCCGUGCUGAAGCCACUGAUGUUGCAAAUGCUGUUCUUGAUGGGACGGAUGGCAUUUUGUUGGGUGCAGAGACCCUCAGAGGCAUCUAUCCAGUCGAGACAAUUAGAACCGUGGGUAGAAUAUGUGCUGAAGCUGAAGUUGUUUGCAAUCAGUCAUUUCAUUUCAAGAAAAUAAUCAAACAUGUUGGUGAGCCAAUGUCGCAUGAGGAGUCAGUUGCUUCAUCAGCGGUCCGUGCUGCAACCAAAGUUAAAGCCGCUGUGAUUGUUGUAUUCACAUCUACUGGGAGAGCAGCAAGGUUGAUUGCAAAGUAUAGGCCUAGCAUGCCUGUAUUAGCUGUUGUGAUUCCAACUCUCAUGACCAAUUCACUGAAAUGGACCUUUUCUGGUUCAACUCAGUCUACUUUGAUAAUGCAGGCAAGGCAGUGUCUUGCAGUUCGAGGUGUCUACCCCAUUCUGGCCACUCCUGCCCGUCUGGAUGGUCCUGCCAUCUCCACUGAAGAGUCUGGGCUCGCUCUUGCAAUUGAACAUGGCAAAAGGGUUGGACUAGUCAAGCCACACGACCGGAUCGUUGUCUUUGAGAAAAUUGGCGAUUCAUCUGUCGUCAAGAUUGUUGAAGUUGACAACUAAGACGAACUAUAUAUUUUUGUAACAAAUAGCUAUGGCGAUUGUCGAUGCCUCCUAAAUUUUGGCUCCAAUUUUUUCUUUACCUCCUCAAUAGCUUAUGUUUAUAAAUGAGGAGAUCUAGAAGCCCCUUUUUGGCGGCCUUGCAAGCUUAUAGAGUCUCUCAAUUCUUUUUGUUGCUCCAUUCCCAUGGGAAGUUGGUGCUAAAGCAUUUAGUACAUUUUUUGACCGACAUUCAUAAUUUUUGUGCUAAUCAAAGUUA